AUGGCGACGCCUUCGCCGACCUCCUCUCCUCGCUCUGAUUCAAACCCUAAUUCCGCCGCUACUCCGCCGCAGCAAGAUCCACCACCCUCCACCUCGACUCCAACCCCUCCCCCAUCGCAUAUCACCGUCGUAGCUUUAGCCGCCUCGACCUCCGCCGUCGCCAGAAAAACCCAGCCGGUGCUCUGGACUCACGACGAGACUCUCCUCCUAAUCGAAUCCUACAAGGAGAAAUGGGACGCCAUUGGUCGCGGUCCACUCAAAUCAACCCAAUGGGAAGAGAUCGCCGUCGCCGUCUCAGGUCGCUCCGGCGUUGACCGGUCAGCUACUCAGUGUCGGCACAAGAUCGAGAAGAUGCGGAAAAGAUUCCGAGCAGAGAGGCAGAGCAUGGGACCAAUCUCGAUUUGGCCUUUCUAUUCUCAAAUGGAGGAAUUAGACAGCAACAUUCCGGCUCCGAUCUCAGCUCGUCCUCUCACACGGCUUCCUCCGCGUAAUCCUUACGAGGAAGAAGAUGAAGAAGAAGAGGAGCAAGAAGACGAAGAAGAGAACUACGAGGAGGAUGAGAGACAGAGCAAGUCGAGAAGCAUCAAUUACAUACUUAGAAGACCGGGGACGGUUAACAGAUUCGCCGGCGUUGGUGGUGGAUUGUUGUCGUGGGGACAAAAGGAGAGAUCGAAGAGGAAGAGGGGAGAUGGAGAAGAUGGUGAGAGGAGGAGGAAAGGAGCGAGAGCAGUGGCUGCUGAGAUUAGGGUUUUUGCUGAGAGAGUGAUGGUGAUGGAGAAGAAGAAGAUGGAGUUUGCGAGAGAGACGGUGAAGCUUCGGAAAGAGAUGGAGAUCCAACGGCUACAUUUGAUUCAGAGCUCUCAAGCUCAGCUUCUUCAAUUUCUCAACACUGCCUUUGAUUCUUUCUAA